AUCUAAACGCCAAUAUUAUUCACGAGAUCCAGCGACCUUUGACCCCGACUACCACCACCACUUCAACACAAUCAAGUGCGUUAUUUAUUACAAAUUUGCAACUUCCAAUAAGUUUCGUAAAGUAGAGCGAAUUCUUUCGAUGGAGAUGGUAGUUGUUGGGGGAAGACUGAAACCAUAGUUCCCCAAAUAAACGCCACCAAACGGACGCCACGGAGACGAGAGAGGAAGGGAAGGAGGACGCUUCAGAUCUGAAGUAAAUCAGGAGAACAAGUUGUUGAUGCUUGGUUCCCGGGAAAAUUGAAAAGAAAAGGAAGAAGAUUAAGAAAUUAUGGAGAGGUUCGUUGACAACUUGCCGCCCAUGGAUCUGAUGCGCUCUGAGAAGAUGACUUUUGUUCAGCUCAUCAUCCCCGUCGAGUCCGCUCACCGAGCCGUCUCUUACCUUGGCGAACUCGGCCUCCUCCAAUUCCGAGACUUAAAUGCUGAUAAAAGCCCUUUCCAACGAACAUUUGUUAAUCAGGCGAAGCGAUGUGCAGAGAUGUCAAGAAAGCUACGAUUCUUUAAAGAUCAAAUUAGUAAAGCCAGUCUACUAUCCUCUGCACAUCCUGUUAUCCAAUCUGAUAUUGAGCUGGAAGAAUUAGAGAUACAACUUGCAGAGCAUGAGAUUGAGCUAAUUGAAAUGAAUGCUAAUGGUGAGAAACUUCGACUAUCAUAUAAUGAGCUCUUGGAGUUCAAGUUAGUAUUGCAAAAGGCAGUAGGCUUUCUUGUAUCAAGUGGUAGUCAUGCAGUUUCAGAAAGAGAAUUAGAUGAGAAUGUGUACUCAAAGGAUGACUAUGUUGAGACAGCAUUGCUACUUGAGCAGGAGAUGCGAUCUGGGAGAUCAGAACAAUCUGGUUUAAGGUUUAUUAGUGGGAUUAUAUGUAAAUCCAAAGUUCUUAGAUUUGAAAGGAUGUUGUUUCGUGCUACAAGGGGCAAUAUGCUUUUCAAUCAGGCAUCGGCUGAUGAAGAGAUCAUGGAUCCCGUGUCAAGUGAAAUGGUUGAGAAAACCGUAUUUGUAGUCUUUUUUUCGGGUGAGCAGGCAAAAACAAAGAUUCUUAAAAUUUGUGAAGCAUUUGGGGCAAAUUUCUAUCCUGUUCCCGAAGACAUAACUAAGCAGAGGCAAAUAACUAGAGAAGUUUCAUCACGUCUUGGUGAAUUGGAGGCCACUUUGGAUGCCGGGAUCCGUCACCGAAACAAGGCCCUAGCUUCCAUAAGUAUCCACCUGGCAAAAUGGAUCAGCAUGGUAAGAAGGGAGAAAGCUGUCUAUGAUAUAUUGAAUAUGCUAAAUUUUGAUGUCACAAAAAAAUGUCUUGUUGGAGAGGGCUGGUGCCCUAUAUUUGCAAAAAAUCAGAUUCAGGCUGCACUACAACGUGCAACAUUUGAUAGCAAUUCACAAGUGGGCAUAAUAUUUCAUGUGAUGGAUGCUGUGGAAUCACCUCCUACAUAUUUCAGAACCAACAAAUUUACAAAUGUAUUUCAAGAAAUUGUUGAUGCAUAUGGCGUUGCAAGAUAUCAGGAAGCAAACCCUUCUGUUUACACUGUUGUUACGUUUCCGUUUCUUUUUGCUGUGAUGUUUGGGGACUGGGGUCAUGGAAUAUGCUUGUUGCUGGGAGCAAUAGUUCUUAUAGCUCGUGAAAGCAAGCUUAGUACACGGAAACUUGGAAGCAUUAUGGAGAUGGUCUAUGGUGGACGCUAUGUGCUUCUUUUGAUGUCUCUAUUUUCAAUUUACUGUGGGUUGAUUUACAAUGAAUUCUUCUCUGUUCCUUUUCACAUAUUUGGUGGGUCUGCUUACAAAUGCCGAGAGACUUCAUGCGGGGAUGCAAAGACCACUGGCUUAGUUAAAUACCAAGAUCCAUACCCAUUUGGUGUGGAUCCCAGUUGGCGAGGAAGUCGUUCAGAGCUGCCUUUUUUGAAUUCUCUGAAAAUGAAGAUGUCGAUUUUGUUGGGUGUGGCCCAGAUGAAUUUAGGAAUCAUAUUAAGUUACUUCAAUGGACACUUUUUUGGCAGCUCGCUGGAUAUAAGGUACCAGUUUGUGCCACAGAUGAUAUUUCUUAACAGCCUUUUCGGGUAUCUUUCACUUCUUAUCAUCACAAAAUGGUGCACUGGUUCUCAGGCAGACCUCUAUCAUGUAAUGAUUUACAUGUUCCUGAGCCCCACUGAUGAUCUUGGGGAGAAUCAGUUGUUUUGGGGCCAAAGACCUCUCCAGAUCAUUUUAUUGCUCUUGGCCAUAAUCGCAGUUCCAUGGAUGCUUUUUCCAAAACCUUUCAUUUUGAAGAGGCUUCAUACUGAGAGAUUUCAAGGUCGCAGCUAUGGAAUACUAGGUACCUCUGAGAUGGAUCUUGAGGUUGAACCUGAUUCUGCAAGGCUACAUCAUGAGGACUUCAAUUUUAGUGAGGUCUUUGUGCACCAAAUGAUACAUUCUAUAGAGUUUGUUCUGGGUGCAGUUUCAAAUACAGCAUCAUAUCUUCGACUUUGGGCUUUAAGCUUAGCACACUCGGAAUUGUCAACUGUUUUCUACGAGAAAGUCCUCCUGCUUGCUUGGGGGUAUGACAACAUCAUCAUCCGGUUAUUUGGGCUAGCCGUUUUUGCCUUUGCGACUGCCUUUAUAUUACUCAUGAUGGAGACUCUCAGCGCUUUUCUUCAUGCCCUGCGUCUUCAUUGGGUAGAAUUUCAAACCAAAUUCUAUCAUGGUGAUGGGUACAAAUUCAGACCUUUCUCUUUUACCACCUUAAUCGAGGAUGAGGACUAGUCGUCCAUCUCCCACAUUUCAUUUUGCUUUAAGUUUCUGAAAAGAAAUGUAGUAUUUAGAGGCAUGAACAUCGCCAAAAGAAGCAGCCCGGAUUGGACGUUGGUUUUCUCUAACACUUUAUUUCGAUGUAGAACCAUAAACCCUGGCUCGUAUUCUUUGGAUGUACUGGCAUAAAAGGGCUCUGCUAAGAGCCAUGACCAAGAAAUUUUUUUUUUUUCUUUUCUCUUUUAUUUUUGGGGAGGGGGGACGCUCAUGUUGUAAAGAGGAGGUGGGAAUAGAUGUAGAAUUUCUGGAUUCUGGUUCUUUGAGAAGGCAGAAUUACAAAAUCUUAUACACACACAAAAGCUAGGGUGGAUUUUACUAGGAAUUGAGCCUUUUUCUAUUUGUAACUCUUUGAUGUAAUGGUUUUUCAUCACAGUUUUAAUGAGUCCCAUUUUUGUAAGGAUCUAGUAUUUUGGUUAAUUCCAUAUGCGGCUGCAACCGUCUUAAUAUUCAA